AUGUACACCAAGGUUAUAAUUGCGUCUUGCUGCAUUGUGGCUUUGGCGAUAGGACGCCCUGAUGGCACCCCUGCCCACCCUGGGGGGUAUGGGUACGAAUCCCCCAAGCAUCAGCCGAGCUACGGUCAUCAAGAGACAUACGAGAAAGGGAUGCCAUUCGACUACUCCUACGUCGUCAAGGACGCCUACCAAAACCUCGACUUCGGCCACAAGUCCACCUCCGACGGGAAGGUGGUGACCGGCGACUACCACGUCCUCCUCCCCGACGGUCGCAAUCAGACCGUCGUUUACACCGCCGGUUACAACGGCUACCGGGCUCAGGUUGCUUACCACGGAGAAGCCAGGUACCCCGAAGCCAAGCCCUAUGCCCCUGCUCCAUCCUACGGUGCCCCUAAACCCGCUUACAAAGCACCUGCCCCAGUCUAUGGAGCCCCAGCUCCAACUUACGAAGAACCCAUAGCUCUCUAUGGUGCUCCCGAGUACUGA